AUGCCUCCGAAGAACUCGCACGCUAAGCCGAUGGCUGAUGCUCUUGCUGAUGGGAGUGAUCCUGCAGGCAAAAAAUCGCCAGGCAAGGGAAAGGAGAUCAUUGACAACAUCCCGUCAGAAGCAGAGUCCAGCUCGCGGAUUGACAGGGCACUUGUCUCGCAGUCGUUGCUAUUACACGUGGAGUUUGUCACGCCCAUCAUGCCGGCGGACCCGAUCUCUGACCACAGCUUUGCAGACAAACGCAAGCGGGUUAAAGCUACGACGGUCCACCUCCAGCAAGCUGUCGCGGCGCUGAAGCAGGCGUGGCUGGGUGACCUGGGGAACGAGUGGCUGAAAGCUCUGCUGGACGAGAAGGAGUCGCAGCUUCGCGGGUAUCAACUGGCGAGGCAAGAGAGGCUGCAUAUGAUGGCUGGCAUGUAUAAGGCAGUGACCGGGGAAGUUGCGUCCCCAUUCCUGUCAGGGAAGAUCAAGGCAAGACGGGAGAAAACACAGAUCAAGGAGCUGAGUGCUGGAAGGGCGACGGUCACCGACAAUAAAGCUAUACUGGGGGUUGCGGGGAGGCUAACGGCGGCAUGGUCGAAAAAGGAGGUGAAAAGCGCUUUUCAUGCGAUGGCGAAGAACAAGGCCCCAGGGAGUGAUGGGUUGCCGAAGGAGCUGUUUGAAGAGCACUGGGACGUGUUGGGGAAGCACUUCAUGGCGCUGGUGGAGAGUUUCACUGAGUCAGCGGUGCUCCCUGCAAGCACAAAGAGCGCUAUUACUAUACUGCUGCACAAAAAAAGUGGAAGAGAUGCGGUUGAAAACUACCGCCCCCUCACGCUUCUGAGUUUCACCUACAAGGUGUUGGCGCGGGUAGUCGCAGACAGGAUGAAAGGUGUCUUGAACGAGGUUAUCUCACCAGAGCAAUACGGGUUCUUGCCGGGCCGGAGGCUCUCUGACGCGGUGGGGCUGGUUGCGGGCGUAAUCGAAGCAGCAAAGAACGAAAACGCAGAGUGGUACCUCCUGCUGGUGGGUUUUAAGAAGGCCUUCGACUCUCUCUCGAGGAACUACCUGUUUUCGGUGUUGGAAAGGAUGGGCUUCCCCAGCAAGUUUGUCGGCUGGAUCAAGGGCCUGGACGAGGACACACAGACACGGCUUUUAGUCAACGGUUAG